UGUACUUUGUUUCCCCCAUUUCUCGAUUGGCACCACGGCCAGUGGAGACCCCCACCUUCUGGAGCAGCCCUGGGGUGGGGGCGGGGGGUGGGGGCUCUGCUCUGCAGGAAGCAGUCCAGGAAAGACCGUCUCCCUCUCUGUCUCCCAACUCAGCCCCUUCUCUCUCCCUCCCAUCCCGGCCCCCAGGAAGAAGAAAUCCCUGAGCUGGAGAUCGACGUGGAUGAGCUCUUGGACAUGGAGAGCGACAGCACCCGGGCCGCUCGAGUUAAGGAGCUGUUGGUUGACUGUUACAAACCCACCGAGGCCUUCAUCUCCGACCUGCUAGACAAGAUCCGAGGGAUGCAAAAGCUGAGCACACCCCAGAAGAAGUGAGGCCCCCCCCACCUUCACCCCCUUGGCUGGGGCAAGAGGUGGGGGCCACCCACCAGGACAAUCGCCGCCCACCCUUCUCCCCCCAGACCACGUAGCAACAGCAAUACUUGAGGGGGGAGGCCCUGCUGCGGGGGCCAGGUGCCCCCACAGGGCCCCCCAGCCCCUCCUGGGGCUUUUCUCCCUGCUCCCCCCUGAGUUUCCGUUUGGGGUUUUUUAUUGUUACUAAGCUGACGGGACUUUUUGUGUUUUUAUAUCAACCGCCAUGCAGGCCCCUGAAUAAAGCCAGGACCUGCCUUUUGUGCA